AUGUCUGACUCCCAACAAUCACGCCUUCGUCACUUAGUCCUUGAAUGUUCCAAGGCAAAGGGUGGUAUCAAAAUGACUCCUGUGAGUCUCGAAGUGACCGGUUCACCGGUGUUUAUGAAACGUCGAAUCAUCCCACUUGGACUUCGUGAUCCCGUAGAAAAGGCGUUAAGUGAAAUGGCAAGCAAGGAAGUUCUGACACCCGUAAACUCUUCGUCUUGA